GUCGAUUUCGUUCCUCUGAGUGAAGUCCGCCAAGCAUAGUUCGGACAACCACGGCCUCGUUCGCAUUCUGGCGAAGAAUAGCAGCUACUUCUCUAAUAUCUGGAUAAGGGUUACCCGAGCCCCUGGGGCCUAAGUACUCGGAAUGUCUUAAUAGCAACAUGGCCUUUGAGGCCCAGUGGGCAGCACAAAAAAAAACGGGCAUGUAUUUUUGAUUGAACUAACUUCAGAUAGCUGUCAUGACAUCACGAAAGAGAAGUGGGUCUGGUUCGAAAAGACAACUGAAGGAGAAAGUUGUACAGAUUUAUGAGUUAUUCUUUAAAGGUGAAGACCCAUCAUUAGGAAACCCAAAUUUUUGGGAUGAACUCUUUCUUCUUAAACCCAAAGUUUCCAGCCUGGAGGCAGAAAUUCAGAAACUAAAUGGAGAACAACUGAUAGCAAUAAAGGAGAAUAUCAGUGCUCUCUUCAAGCACUGUAUUGCAACUUUAGGACAUGAACAUCACAUACGUGUUGUAUAUGCUUUACAGACACUUUGUGCUGUAAUCCAUAGCAUCUAUAAAAAAACUUCAGCAGAAUUUGGGUUUGAUGUGAUCAACAUCCUCAUGGGUUUUGAAGUUGCCGAUCAGAUGAUGCAGAUGUUACUGGAUCACUGUAGUAAUUUUUUGACUGGUGAAUAUCCAACUAGCCUCAAAGCCCUCUGCCUUAAGCUCCUACUGGUGUUGGUGACAGGAACUGACAAUGUUAGUCAGAACACACUGCUAGAGUACCUCAUGGUAAACAUCAUAUUUGAAGCACUCAUACAGUUGCUUAGUGAACCUACAAACAGAAUGCAGCAUGGCCAUGAUGCAGUUCUAUUGCUGACCCUCCUUGUGAACUAUCGGAAGCAUGAAUCAACUAAUCCAUACAUUGUCAAGCUGUCUAUUCUAGAUGAUGAACUGGCUUUGAAUGGAUAUGGCCAGGUUGUCAUUACAUCCUGUUUGACAGAAUUCUGUCGUCAAUUUAUGACCCAACAUAUGGAACCACAAUCAGCCAGUUGGCUCUCAUCCCUGACAAACAUGGUGGGCAACAUGUUUGUAUCUGAAGAGGGUGGAGUUCGGACACAGCAGAUACGGGCCAACAAUGCAGUUUUGGUGGCACUGUAUGAAGCAGUACAUCUGAAUCGCAACUUCAUCACCACGCUUGCACAUACACAGACUGACACCAGUGCCCCUCCGUCCCCAAGUAAUACGCUCAAUUCAUCACAACCAACUCCAGAUCUUUCUGUUCCUCCAGUAGUUGACAUAUUUGCUCAACCAUCAAACUUACUUAUUACAUUUUUCCAGUACUGUUCAAUAGUGAUGCAAGACACAAAAUCAGAAGCAAGUAUGAGCAACGUGAAGUUGUGUUUCCUCAUACUCACAUGUAUAUCAGAAGACCAGUAUGCCAAUUCACUUAUGCAUGAUGUCAAUCUUGUAUUCAAAGUACAACUACACCGUCUGCCAAUGAGGCAUCGUAAAGUUGCACCUGACAAAGUAUCACCCUCACAACCACUUGCCUCCACUCUAUUGGAUUUAUUGGUGGAAUUCAUAAUGAGUCAUAUGAUGAAGAAGCUACCCAUGGAGUUAUAUUUGCAUUGUGUGGGGGUGAUACACCGGGUGCUGUGCUAUCAGAAACGUUGCCGAGUACGACUCAACUACCAGUGGAAGGAACUCUGGACAGCCCUCAUUACACUAUUAAAGUUUCUUCUUGCUAAUGAAAAUCAUUUGGCAAAGAAGAUGAAUAUCUUCCACCUAGCACUUCAGGUUGUGAACAUUUUCAACUUGUUCAUCACAUAUGGGGACACAUUCCUACCAUCACCAGGCAGCUAUGAUGAAUUGUAUUAUGAACUGAUUCGUAUGCAUCAAGUUUUUGACAACCUCUACUCAAUGGCUUUAAGGUACACGACAAUUGAUGGUGAAUUUAAGGACAAUGCUUUGAGACUGACAAACAGCUUAAUAAAUAUAAGGGCCAUUAUCAACCACUUCUCUCCUAAAAUUGAUGCAUGGUUGGCUAGUCAAGGAUUGUCCACUCCCUCUGAAGACCAGAUAUUAGAUGUUGUGCGAAAGAACUAUGAUAGUCUAACUCUGAAGCUGCAGGACAGUUUGGACCAGUAUGAACGAUAUACAGAGAAACCACGCCAUGCAGCAUUCUUCACAGCAAUGGUUCGCAGCGUGGUGAAUGAUACCAGACAAAACAUAGACUUUGCAUCAUUAGACCUUCAUGUUGUUCUUCAAGAAUUUUCAUCAAUUGCUUGAGGUUCCUUAUAUUAAACAUGUACUCAGCAAGACUUAAGAAGUUUAUAUUUCCAAUUAACUGUAUUAUAUUUGAGAAAUUAUGAUUGCUGAAGCUUGGAAAUUCUUUGAAAAACUUAAAAAAAAAGCAUAUGUUGUAGAAUAAAUGUAAAUAGAAAACCAUUUUAUACUUUGAGUUGUUUGUUGUGUACAUUAGCAUUAUUGUACAGCAUCACUAAAUGCAAAAAUACUGAACUUUGAGCCAUAUAUAUAAUUCAAUGGUUUCACAUAUUUUCACUUCAAAGACACCUUUAUUAAAAAUCUGAAUAAUCAUACUCCAUCUUGUUUCAUUUCUCUCUUUACACUAAUGUAACUAGGCCUAUCCUUCGUCCCCCUUCUGAAAAGAAAGAUGCUCUGAAGUAUGAAACUAGAACAGACUGCAAAAAAUUAUUUUGAAACCAUAAUGUUGGAAUACCACCCACAUUUCAUUCCGUUGUGUAUAUUUGCCAUAAGAAAUCACUGCCAGUGCUAUCACCUGAUGGGUGACUGGUUGUUUGUUACCAUUAUGUGUAUAAAUAUUUUCUGUUAUGGAUGUCAUACAUGUACAAAGAAACUUAAAUAUAUCUUGUCAAAGCUGGAAGGGUAAGUAUAUACAGCAUCUCUCAACCCCUGAUAAUAGAGCAGGCUCUGAAAUGGAUACAGAUUCUGUAUUGACAUGGCUCAUUGUGCCUGAAUGAGUGAGUGAUCGAAUA